UCUCUUAGCAAAUAAAAUCUCGCGUAACGAAACCACCGCCAAUUCGUCCACAUCAUGGGAGUACCAGCAUUUUUCCGCUGGUUGUCGCGAAAAUACCCGUCCGUGAUAAUCGAAUGCGUCGAGCAGAAGACCGUAGACGAUCAGGGAAAUGUUGUUUACGAAAACAUGUCCGCUCCUAACCCGAACAGGGUUGAGUUUGAUAAUUUGUACCUCGAUAUGAACGGUAUUAUUCACCCUUGUACACAUCCGGAAGAUAAACCGGCUCCACGAAACGAGGAUGAGAUGAUGAUCGCUAUCUUCGAGUGUAUCGAUCGACUGAUGAACAUUGUCCGGCCACGGAAGGUCCUGUACAUGGCCAUCGAUGGUGUUGCGCCUCGUGCAAAAAUGAAUCAGCAGCGGUCUCGUCGUUUCCGGGCCUCGAAGGAGACGGCUGAAAAAGCGGCCGAAGUGGCCCGUAUCCGUGAGGAGCUAGCAGCCAAGGGUGCGAUUCUGCCGCCGGAAAAGGAAAAGGGAAGUCAUUUCGAUUCGAACUGCAUUACGCCCGGCACACCGUUCAUGGACCGGCUAAGCAAGUGUCUGCAAUAUUACGUACACGACCGGAUGAACAACAAUCCGGGAUGGAAGAAUUUGAAGGUGAUCUUGUCCGAUGCGAACGUGCCCGGUGAAGGUGAGCACAAAAUUAUGGACUACAUACGGAAGCAGCGCGUACAGCCGGAUUACGAUCCGAACACGCACCAUGUGCUGUGUGGUGCCGAUGCGGAUCUGAUCAUGUUGGGGCUGGCAACGCACGAAACGCAUUUCACCAUCAUCCGGGAAGAGUUUCUCCCGAACAAAGAUCGACCGUGCGACAUUUGUCAGCAGAUGGGACAUGAAAUGAAGUCGUGCGCAGGGUUACAGUCGGAGCGUGAACUGGCCAACCGGACACCGCCCGCACCGGGCAAGGAAACGCAGUACAUCUUCGUGCGGCUGAACGUGCUGAAGGAGUACCUGCAGAAGGAGCUCGACAUGCCCAACCUGCCGUUUGCGUACGAUUUUGAGCGCGUGCUGGACGAUUGGGUGUUUAUGUGCUUUUUCGUCGGUAACGAUUUCCUGCCCCAUCUGCCCAGCUUGGAAAUUCGCGAGAAUGCGAUCGAUCGGCUGGUGACGCUGUACAAAAAGUGUGUGUACAAAACGCAGGGCUAUCUGACCGAUUCGGGCAGCGUCCUGCUCGAGCGGGUCGAAAUGAUCAUGACCGAUCUAGGGUACGCGGAGGAUGAAAUCUUUCGCCAGCGGAAGGUGAGCGAAGAUCGCUUCAAGGAGCGUAACAAGCGGAUGCGCCUGCAGAAGGAACGCGAACAGCGGCCCAACUUUCAGCACAUCAACAAUUCGCAGUUCGCACCGACUCCGCUUGGACGUGGUGUGCAGCCGCAGGCGAUAGUAAAUCCGCGUCAGGAAGCGGCCCACUUUCGUAUGCUUGGGCAGGGUGGGAAGGCUAAGGAUGAGGCGGCGACCGCGACUGACACCGGUGCCGAUCAGCAAGGUCCACGAGGCGUCAAACGCAAACCGGAAGAACCGCUCGCCGUGACGGUUGCCGACGACGAGGAAAAGGAAACACCGGACGAGGUGCGGCUUUGGGAAGACGGUUUUAAGGACCGGUACUACGAAUCCAAGUUUGACGUUAUGCCACAGAACAUAAAAUUCCGUCAAACGGUUGCCUGGGAGUACGUGCGUGGACUUUGCUGGGUAUUGCAGUAUUACUAUCAGGGCUGUGCAUCCUGGGAAUGGUAUUUUCCGUACCAUUAUGCACCGUUUGCCUCGGACCUAAAGCAUCUGGAGAACGUCGAUACUCACUUCGACCGGGGAACACCCUUCAAACCGCUACAGCAGUUGAUGGGUGUAUUCCCGGCUGCUAGCCGUAGCCACGUGCCGCCAGCAUUCGCCGAGCUGAUGGUCGAUCCGCGCAGUCCCAUUAUCGACUUUUAUCCGAUCGAUUUCCGCAUCGAUCUGAAUGGGAAAAAGUUUGCCUGGCAGGGUGUCGCCCUGCUACCGUUCGUCGACGAGAAGCGGCUAUUCAAAGCAACGGAUCCAAAAGUACCAUUGCUAACGGUAGAGGAACGACUGCGAAAUGAAAAUGGCGAUGCGAAACUAUUCGUACUGCCUGGUUCGGCUGGAUAUAAAACGCUGGCCGGAUUGUACGUCGGUGAGGACGUAGAUUACGAGCGCGAGAUGCCGGUAACGGUCGAUCAUCUGCAAGGUUUUAUUAUUCCGACGAAGGAAAAUGUACCCCGAGAGGGUAUGCUUCCUUCACCCAUUCCGGGACUGGCGGCAGUGACAGAAAAUCAGGUCCUAACGGUCCGCUUCCAGGAUCCUAAGUUUGCGGACGGGUUUGUGUUUCCGGCCCGGAAGCUGGAGAAUGCGAAGGAUCAACCGAAAGUGCUCGGUGCGAACGAUGGUCCGGUGAUUGGGUUCGGACAGCGGAACGAUCGAGCGUCCCUAGGAUCUUCGGGACAUCGUAUGCUGAACAAUCGUCUUGGACUAGGGUACGGUGGUGGAGCUGGUGGUGGCAGAGGUGGAUAUGGUAAUAACAAUGAUGAUGGCGGCAGAAGGAACAACAAUUACCAAGGAGGUUAUAACAAUAACAACAACCGCAACAAUGGACGUGGAGGAGGUUCCCACAACAACUACAACUCCGGAUACAAUAACAAUGACGGUAACAGUACCUAUAGCACCGGUGGCCAGUACAAUCGCCAGCAGGGAGGUCAGCAACGUCGCCAAGGGAAUGGCGAUGAGUCGGCUGAUAAUGUUACAGCAUCCGCGCCUUCCGGAUCGGCCACCGGCAAUCGGAGCGUGUUCGAGCAGCUUAGCAGUCAGAUACAGCAGUACCAGCAGCAGAUGAUGAACGAAAUUUCGCGCAAUACCUCUACGCCGUCCCAGUCGACGACCGGGGCCUCGAACCUGCUGCCAAACCCGUUCGCCAAUCAGGUCCAGUACGAUUACAACAAUCAUCGUAGCAAUAGCAGCUGGACAAACAACAAUGGUGGACGGAAUAAUAAUAACCGUGGAGGUCGUGGCGGCGGCGGCGGCGGCGGUGGUGGAAGACAGUUUCAUGGUGGUGGUGGUGGUGGAGGUAACCAUAGGAACAACAAUAACAACAAUAACCGCUACGGACAGAACAAUUAUGGUUCCGGUGGUGGUGGUGGUGGGGGCGGAAAUAAUCGGUUUAACAAUCAGCGGAGACAGUACUAAUCG